AUGGUUCAGUGGAGGUUAUGCGAUGCUUCUAGCAAGGCCAUACUAGCAGAGAUGAUGGAUCGAGAUUCAUCCUAUUCUUCAAUUCCAACCACCCCUAUAGAGUUUUUUUCUACUACAUUACCUUCUCCCCCAUCACCGCGGUCAUCGGUUAAUCAUAACAAUGAUGGCGCUUGCGGUUUGUGUAGUAAUUCUUCUCGCGUUUUUGAACAUGAAGGCAAUCCUAGUGAGAGACCCGUCUGUUCGGCAGACGCCAGGAAGUCAUCCUCACUUCAUUGUGGUUUGCAGCAACCAACGGAAGAUAUUCCGACCUUCAUCAGUAACGUCGUCGAAACUCCGCAUGCUGAACCUCUACAAAACGAAGGGGCAUCUUGUCCAUCGAGUCGUGGAGGUGAGGCAUUAUUGAAUAAGGGCGGUGAAUAUAGUGGGAACUGCAAUCAAGCUAGUCCUUCUCCUGAAUGGGACCUGCCGUCAGCUUUGCCAGAAGCUCCCGCUGCGGGAACAACCAAGGCUAACGGCGUGACUUCAAGCCGAGAGUUCCCCUUAUCGUGGCAACAUGCUUAUGGCUUUCACGAUGAGCUUCGUAGGCUGAAAGAUCAGGUCUUGAAUUUGGAGCACGAGAAUGUUGAAAACAAGCAGCAUCAGGAGGAGAUGGCGGCCUUGUUGGUGAAGAGCACAGCCUAUAUGGAGAAGCUAAAGCAUUCUUUACAGGAAGAGAGCCGUCUACGAGAAAACGCAGAAAGGAUAAUUCAGGAAUCUAAGCUGCGGCAACGUGAUGACCGCAAUAUUCAGGGGCCGUCGAGUAACGUCGGAGAAGAGCUUGAUCACUGUUUAUCGUCGCGCGACAUGACGUCCUCGUUUGGGAAGUUCUCUGCGAUCUCAUCCAAUCCGAUGCGACGGAAGAAAUCUCCAAGAUCUGUGCAAAAUACCUCAUCGGCUCUUCUUUCAUCUGCCUCCAUGGACUACCCAAAACGUAAAUUAACAGAGGUCAUGGAGGGAAAGUUAGCCAAGAUGGAGAAGGAAAAUGCUCGUCUCCUGCAUAGUCGUGAGACGCUUUCGAAGAAGCUACGUUCGGCCCUUCUCGCACGUGAGGCCGCUGAGCGAGAUCAACAGCGCACCCAACAACGCCUCAUUGAGUUGGAGAGGCAGCUAGCUCAGGCCGUAUCGGAGAAUCAACAACUGGCCGAGUCGAUCCGCCGCGCUCUUGGAGAGAAGGCGGAUCGGGUGGCUGAGUUGGAGCAGCAGCUGGAGGUCGCUCUCCGGACGCGACGUGCCGCCGAGGAACUCCGUGUGCUGUUCGAGCUCUCGCUGAGUUUUGUUCUCGGGUGGCUAAAUCGGGAUUCGUCUCCGCAGUACGAUGGGGUAUGGGGGCGGGCGGAGGCGGAGCAGACCGAGACUUAUGAGGUCCCUAGCGAAUCGAUUGACGACGGUGGAGAAGGGGAAGCCCCUGAGCUGGUCUGUAAGGCGAACGUAGCCUUACAGAUCACCGAAGGGGACAUUCUGUCAAGUUUAGAGCACCCCAUUGUGCUUACGGAUAUUUGUGUUAAGCCUUCAGGAAUCCCGUUUGGAAAGCCUAGCAGGGUAAAGGAGAUGAAGAUUGAUAGUAAAGAAAUGGUGAAUGUGAAUCCUCUACCGCAAGGUAGGGGCAACCAAAUGCCUGCUUUAUCUAAUGCCACGCUGCUAAGCCUGCCGCAAUGUCAACAGUCGGUGAAUCGAGCGCUGGCUGCUGUGCGUUUGGCUGCACGGCGCCGGCAAUCCACCAACCAGACUGCCUUUCAAUUUUUUUCUGACUCGUGUUUGGGCUUAAUCGGGAAAACUCAAUUUGAGGUUUCUAAUGCACUGGGGGACUUCUCCAAGAGAUUAUUAAUUGCGCAACAACGGCUGCAACAAGCAGUGGUUCAUUUCACACAGUUAGAGGCUCGAGAUGCAGGUAUAGAGGCGCAGCUUCGUUCAGAGCUUAAGCGCAUGCAAGCAGAUAUGAUCCGCAUUAACUCCCGCCUCCGACUUUUGCAGGCGGAAAAGGAGGGUGUAGAGAAGCAGUUGGCUCAGCUCCAGAGGGAUUGCCGUCUGGCGGAUAAAUUGAAUGAAGUGAGGUCCUUUGUGGCAGAUCUGCGGCGCACUGUAGGCCAUGCACUACGUGAAACCGUGAGUGAUCUUCAAGACGUCGUAGCGGUAGACGCCAAUAGCUUACGGGGGCCUUUUCUAAGACAAAUUCAAGCGGUCGCGCUCCGGGGGGAGGCCCACCUUGAGUUAAUUGAUCGUUUCCUGACUUGCAAACAUUCUGAUCCUUCAUCUGGUGGUGUCCCACACGAAGAUGGCGACGACGAAGACUUUGCAUCCGUACGAUCUUCUUGUGUUUCGAAAGUAAAGCAGCGCGCACCUCCUGCCUCACCUAACCCCACAUCAUGCAUGGCCAUCGGCUCGUUGGGUGCGCAUGAGGAGAUAGAGAGGACCGAUGAGGCGAUGAGCUUAGCUCAGAAUAAUACUGAGCAUAACCUCAAGCGCGAUGGGGAUCAUGCGGUUAUGCCUUCCGGUGCGGAAGGCAGCACGUUUCAUGAAGGAGCGCGUCCGGAUUCGCUACAGAGCACAAGCAUGAUGACGCCGCGCCAAAUGAAGAUUUAUUACCAUAUGAAGCACCUCAUACAAGCUUCGCCAUCCCCAUUUCCCACACUCGCGGGGCGAUCACCUGUUGUUCAUCCUGCACCGCACCCGUACAUGGCAACACCAUCCUCUGUUUCUGCAACGCAUCAUUCUCGCGAGAGUGGUUCUCGUGAUAAUGCGACCCCGGCACGCCUUGCGGCAGCAGCGUCGCCAGAGAGGGAUGGAUUGGUGCAGGGGGCAAGGGCCCUCACGCGUCAACUCACCAACAUGUGUAAGCUGAUUGAAAAUAGCUCGGAGCAGAGUGCCGAUCAUGCGAGAAACAUACAGAGCAGUAUUGCCUCAUACGAGAAGAACAUCAAGAACGCAAUAGAGACAGUCGCCACCGUGAUAUUGGAGCUUCUACGGGAAGGAUUUGCUACACACACAAAAGGGGAGAACACUACGGUGGCUCUGAGUGUGCCCUCGUCUCUUAUGCCUGGUGGUACAUCCUUGCCACUCUCCCCUCCCGCUACUUCUUUGGUCCAGUCAGCCGUGCAAGGAUUUUGUUGCCGUUGCGGAGGUUAUUCUGUGUCAAAUUCCCAAACGGCAACCCAAACUAAAGUUCUUAUUCCAGAUCAAAAGCCCUCCUUUGCGUGCUCUUCCACUACCAUCCCAGCAGCAGUGGAGUCCUUUGAGGGAAGGCAGGACUCCUGGCAGCAUAAGCAGUCGCACAACCCACAGUCUUGCUGUGCCCAGCACCUUGACGAUUCAUGCUCCACCUCGCCGUUGAUGUUUCACCCUUCAUCGGCUCGACUUGAACGGGCUUGUGAAUCCAUGGAAGUCAGUUCUACAAGCUGCUCUGCAUCUUGUGCAAGAGCUGAAAACAAAGAGACUAGGAGUGUGGAAAUCAGGGGAGGAGGGAUCAUGACCAGCCCCAUGCGGGAUCCUACAUCUUCUACCAUGUGUUGUGAAUUGUCAUGGGGAAAGGGAACACGGCGAGUGCGAACCCAGCAUCGCGACCUCAUGGGUUCACUUACCAACGAUUCAAGUUCACCCAUUGUCAAUCCUGAAAAGGCAGAUGACAAAUCCGAUGAGAGUUUCUCUUUUGAUGAGUAG